AUGGAGGAAAGCCCUGUGCGCGGCCGACGGGGAAGCAUGCGGCUUAGCCUUGCCGCACAGAGGCCGUCCAAAGAGCAGCUGGCAGAGCUCGAGAAAGCAAAGUGGAAGCGGGAGCUGGACGAGAUCUUCGAGCGGAGUAUCCAUGUGACGUCCCUGAAAGACGAGGACUUCGCGAACGUGCUGGGGCCCGGCUGGAAGCAGCAGCAUCCCACGAAGAUUGACUUCAGCAGCGAUCGUUACCAGCUGGAUACUCUGGAGGGCCCGUCGGGGGGUCUCCUUCACCCUCAGCUGCGCAAGCACCGGGUCCAGCUGGUGGAUGUUUCCAACAAUCACUUGAUGGAUAUCUCCGUGUUGAACAAAACCAACGGUUUCGAUUCGUUACACACCAUCAUGGCAAGGAAGAACCGACUGUCUCGCAUUUCACUGAACCUGCCGAACUUGAUCGAACUGAACCUGGCGUACAACCUGCUCAAGCUCAUGCCGAGCUUGGGUCUUCUUCCCUCCCUGGAGGUGCUGAUUCUGUCGCACAACCAGCUCAGCGGCAGCCUUGAGAAUCUGAAGUCCUCCAUGCGCAUCAAGCGCCUGGAUUUGGCGUACAACGAGUUCGACUGGACCCCCUCGCAGCUCUCGCAAGCGCUGAACGCCAUGAGCCACCUCCGCAGUCUGCAAAACCUCCGGCUCUACCAUAACAAGUUUGUGGCAUGCUUCAAAGAGUACCAGAUCUAUGUGGUUAGCAAGCUUAAGUCUCUGCAGAAGCUGGAUGACUGCAUCAUCACAAUGGACAUGCGGGAUGAGAUCGAGAGUACGAACCUCUUGGCCCUGGAUGUCUACGAUGUUGCCUUCAAGAAGCGACAGGAGGAGCUGGCGCGGAAACAGAGCAAUGCCGGGAUGGGGCUUAAAAUGGGAGCAGGGGUGGGCAAGCUGAAGCUGAUCAUGGAGUCCUUGGAGGAGAUCUUGGAGGAGCCCAGUGCCCUUGCUGCUCGCAUCGGCAUCGUCCGUGAGAAUGCGGCCCUCAGGGCUCAAAGCAGCGGGGCGGCGGCGGAGGGCUUCGACGUCGAGGAGGUAUUUUGGGAUGGCAUGAUGGACCAUGGCAGCUCUGACAAGGAGAUGCAGAUCACAGUGUCCUACAUCCUUGAGCUGAUCACGGCAGUUAUGGAGCGCCACGACACGGCCCGGAACAACUUGGUGGACACUUUAGGCUUCUUGUCGUGCAUCGUUUCAUAUGACCUCGGCAACCGGUGUUUGGACCUGCUCCGACGCAUGAUGCUGAGCAGUGAUCACUGCCGUGAAGAAGCAGGUCGUGGAGUAAAGACGAUCGUGGUCCCCACUCUACUCGCUUUUGGUGAGGCCGACAUCAAUAGUGAAAUCACGAAGACGAUGCUCCUUGGCCUCCUCGAUCUGGUGCAGGAAAAGCAAAUCAGGGAGGAGGUCUGCGACAUUCUCGAGGAGUUGCUCCCGCUGCUGUUGAACUGGUUCCUCCGCGAAGAAUACCUCACCGAGGAUGGCGCUCACAUUGUGAAGCUCCUGGCAUCCAUCACAGGUCCGGAGGAGUACGCCACGAGAGCUGCGACACCUGAACUUGCGGCGAGAACUAUCAUGCACCUCGAGAACAAGGCCUUGUUCGAUAACAUGCGGCUAAGAAGCACUUGGAUCGACGUGCUCCAGAUCUCGCAGAACAUCAUCAUGUACGGCUCGCAGGAGAUCGUGGACAUGUUCUACAAAGCUGCAAGCCACUCCAAGGUCGUGGCUCGCCUCCGCCAGGUGCUCACGGCCACAAAAGGGCGGCACAAUGACGAGCCUCUGCCAGCGAGGACGAUCGCUUGUAUUUGUCAGUUCGUUUCCGCGAUGAUGCAACGAAGCAACGCUUCUCUGCAAGAGUGCUGUGAUCCCAUUUGCUUCCAAGACGUUCUCUGCCAGCUUCUACGGUCCCACCUCGUCGACCCACUGAUCUUGGAGGCGGUGACGAAGACUCUGCGGACGAUGCUGGAAGAUCCUAAGGUCUACAAGAAGCAGGCCAUCCGGGUCGUCGAAGAUCUGCGGAAGGUGACACCACUUCUCCAGUUUCUCGGGGGGAAGAAGUAUCCCGAUCUCUACAGGAUGGCCCUCAAGUACUCCGAGGAUCAGUCGCGUGAUGCUCCCCCGUUUGCAGAGCUCGAGAACGACUGGGUCACCAAUGCCAUGAUCGGCAUUGUGACUCUGGUGGAGUUCUUCGCGGCAGAAGAUGAGAGCAUCGAGGACGACCAGGCCCGGCAGCUGGUGAACGAUGCGAUGAACACCCAGGGGAGAGAGACGAUUCUGCUGAAGCUGCUGGUGAUCCCCUGCGAUGACUUGAAGUUGAUCGUCAUGCGCUGCUUGAGCAAGGUGCCCCUCAGUCAGAUCGAGCCCGAUGAGAUGGGUGCUAUCGUGAAGUGCCUCUCCGACGUCAAAAACAUCGGGGAAGGGCGCACUGAGGAAAUGCUAGCAUUGGUGGUGCGUCAGCUUGAGCGACUGCUGUUGGCUCCGGGCGACACCGGCCUUGGCUUCCGACAGGGCUUCGCCGAACGAGCCGUGGCCGAGUGCAGUGAGAUCCUGAUGGCAAACUCAGCGCGCUCGACGGAUCGCGAGUCAGACGAGUUGGAGAAGCUCGCGCUUUCCUCCGCCAUCGUCGACUUCUACUUCAGCUGCAGUGCCAUUUCAUCCCUCCGAAGCUGCUUGAGGAAUCCCACUAUCGACGCUAUGUUCCCUCGUAUCAUGAAGUUCGAAGAGGAGCUGCACAGUCCCCUGGCUGCCGAUGUGCGGCUCGAACAGACCUGGCUGGGACGGUCCCUGGAGAACCUGCUGCAGUGCUUCCAGGGAGACAAAGUGCUGGUUCGUGGGAAGAAGGUGCCGACAGUGCAGGCAACUUCUGAUCUGGAUCUCUGGUGCAUCUCGACCAGGUGA